AUGGCCCCUGAAAUAUGUUGUCAUCCGCCAGAGAAGCUAUCACGUGAGUCAGACGUCUGGGCAUACGGAUGUAUUUUAUUGGAAAUAACAAGUGGUGAUUUGCCAUGGCGUGAGGAGUUUGAAGACGAUCAAAUAUUAUUUCGUACAUUACAAAAACAACACACGGAUAUUUUUACUCGUAUAUGUAGUACUCAACGUGCACCACCAAAAUUUCGUCAAUUAUUAUGUAUGUGCUGCUCAUGGUCAAAAUCGCAUCGGCCAACAUUUACUGCCAUUGUGUCUAAUCUUCAAGCAAUUUCAUCAACCGAUUUAGUCAAAAUCAACCAGCCAUCACGUACUUCAAGCUCCAGCACACUUUCAUCUAAAAUGUCAUCGAUGUCAAUACACCAGCAACAAAACGACCAAAAUGAAGAACGAGCAAGAAAGGCACGACAACAAAAGGAAGAUCAAGAACGGCUUACCAGAGAAGAACGUGAUCGAAGAGAUAGAGAAGAACGUGAUCGAAGAGAUAGAGAAGAACGUGAUCGAAGAGAUAGAACAGAUCGUGAACGUCGUGACCGGGAAGAGAGAGAAUGGCAACGACAAAAAGAUGAAAGAGAUCGUUUAGAUCGAGAACAGCGUGAACGUGAAGAAAACGAUCGCCAAGAACGACAACGACGACAGCAGCAAGCAGUUCCAGCUAGUCGCCGCAGCACCUUCGACGAUUCAUUUAGUGAUGGCGACAGUAGUAGUGACUUUCCUUCCCCAUUUCCAGCCUUUCGAUCCGGUAAUGAUGGUUUUGGUUCACUAUUAGCUCCGCCUAGCUUUACAAUGGGAGGUAGUGGAGGAGGUGGCAGAAGUGCUGCUAGCCAUGGAGGACAUUUGACUGGUGAUUUUUAUACUAGUAGAGGGUCAGCAAAUGGACGAGCUAUUUAUGAAGGAGCAAGAGGAGGACAUUAUUACAUGACACGAGGCGGAAAUAAACGAUAUCUAUAG